AUGUUUGUGUCAUUUAUAAUAUUUCUCGCCAUUUUGGUUUCAAAAGGAAAUGGUGGUUAUAAUAUUUCUUCGUCUGACCCAUAUGCCGGUGGAGUCAGUAUCAUAAUCAUCAAUGGUGGUUAUGAUACAAUUUGGCCAGCCGUGUAUACAGAAAAAGGGGAUAGAGUGGUUCCCACCGGUGUCAAAUUGGAGUCCGACGAACAAUAUGAACUCAAGAUCCCUGAUACAUGGUCAGGAACAAUAUGGGCUAGAACAGGUUGCAGUGGAAACCCAAAUAACAGUUUUCAUUGUGCUGUUGGAGAUUGUGGUACCAAUCAUAUUCAUUGCCAUUACAGCAAACCAACACCUCCUGUGACUCAAGUUAAAUUUGAUUUGGUUCCUAAAGGUGGUAGCAGUUCCUAUAAAGUAGACUUUAGAGAUGGCUUCAGUGUGCCUGUUACAUUAACUCCAUGUGAUUUGAAAUGCGAGAAAAUUAUGUGCAUCACAAAUUUAGUCAACGAAUGUCCCGAUUGGUUGGCUGUGUAUAGUAAUGAAGGGAGAAAGAUUGCUUGCAAGAGUCCAUGUUAUACAACUAGAGAGCCAAAGGAUUGCUGCACUGGUGAAUAUGCUUCACUUGAAAUGUGUGCAUUGAAUAAAUACACGGAGCUUUUAGAUGAAAAAUGUCCAAGUGUUGUUUCUAAUGCUUUUGAUGAAACUCAUUUUACAUGUUUUGAAGGGACUAGCUUUUCCAUAUUAUUCAAUUGA